AUGGUCCUCCCGCCAUCUUCGUCCGAACCGCAACCGGAAGACCUCAACUUGCCACUUCUCCCGCCGUCCUCUCAGGAAGCCAUCGUACUCGAUGACAACAGUCCAGCCCCAGCGGAGAGACAUGUUGACGGUCCGGAAAUGAGCCAUCCGGGUCUGGGCCGCCAUCUCGGGCUGUUCUCAACAACGCUGCUCAUAGCCGGUCGAAUUAUAGGCACCGGUAUCUUCUCCACGCCUGGUGCCAUCACCAAAGGCGCGGGCAGUGUUGGGGCAGCUUUAUUACUGUGGACGCUGGGUCUUUCCAUCGCGUUCUCUGGAUUGAUGGUCUGGCUUGAGCUUGGCUGCAUGAUUCCGCGAUCUGGCGGAGAAAAGGUCUAUCUUGAAGCUGCAUACCAGCGGCCGAAGUUGUUGGCAACGACGGUGUUCGCUUUCCAGGCUAUCCUGCUCGGCUUCUCAGCCAACGGAUGCAUCAUCUUUGCACAAUACGUGCUCAUCGCCGCUGGACACACUGCGACUGAGUGGCAGAAGCGAGGUAUCGCUAUUGCUGUCAUCUCUUUCGUUACUGUCCUACAUACCGUCUUCCCGAAAUGGGGUGUACGUGGUAUGAACAUCGUCAGCCUCAUUAAGAUUGGUACAUUGCUGUUCAUCGUGGUCGCUGGAUGGGUCGUCCUCGGGGGCGGUGUCUCUAGAGUCCUCGACCCUCACGCCAGUUUUCGAGAACCUUUUGGGAACACUAGUGAGAGUGGCCAUCAGUGGGCAAUAGCUUUGUUCAAAGUGCUGAACUCCUACCAAGGCUGGUCGAACGCUGCCUACGUCGUGGACGAAAUCAAACACCCGGUGCGCACCCUCAAAAUCGCUGGACCUCUCGGCCUUAGUAUAUGUGGCGCCUGCUUUAUCUUCGCUAACAUCUCCUACUUCGCCGCCGCAACUCCUGAGGAGGUCUCCCAGAGCGGACAGACCGUCGCCUCACUCUUCAUGAAGAAGGUCUUUGGAGCCACCGCAGAGAAAGUUCUAAGCGUACUGAUUGCCAUGUCGGCUUUCGGAAACGUCAUGACAGUCACGUUUGCCCAAUCACGAGUGAAUCAAGAGCUGGCAAAAGAAGGAAUCAUCCCUGCUUCUCGCUUCUGGGCAUCAAGCUGGCCCUUUGGGUCGCCGUCUUCUGGACUCCUGCUACAUUGGAUUCCUAGCUUCGUUGUUAUUGUGGCCAUUCCUUUUGGCGAUGCAUACAAUUUCAUCCUGGACCUCGAGGGCUACCCACUCAGCAUCAUCAACUUUUUCGUAGUCGUCGGACUCUUCUGGCUCCGCCAUUCUCGCCCUAAGAUUCGACGACCAUUCCGCUGUUGGUUGCCUAUUGCAGCUUUCUAUCUUUGUGCGCAAGUGUUCUUAAUCGUGGCUCCAUUCUUGCGACCGCCUAACGGCAAGGGAGAUACCAGCCUUCCUUACUGGCUUUUCGCCGUGGUCGGUAUCAUGAUACUGCUAGCAGGAGUCGUGUACUGGGCUUUCCGGUACAAGAUCAUGCCAGCCAUAGGUACAUAUCGUCUCGGACUGGCCAGAAGUGUCUUCUCUGACAACAAUACAGCUGUUCGCUAUCAGAGCCUUCGGAGUUCCCAUGAAGAAGAACGUUCGAACCUGGAGUAA